AUGUCAACGCUCAAAGCGCCAAACGGGAAGCUGAUAUCCGUUCUCCUGUUGGUCUUUCUCGGCAUUCUCCUCAUAGCCUGCUAUCCCGGCAAUCCGCAGUCCACGUUCGAUGCUACGGGCCCGGUUGCGCGGUCGCAGCUCGCCCUAUUCUGGGUCAUCUUCUGGGCGGCCGCCUUCGUUUUCGUGGUCGUCGAGGGUGUCCUCGUCUACGCCGCGUUCAAGUACCGGCGUAAGCCGGGUGACGGCGACCCUCAUCAGACGCACGGCAACACGAAGCUGGAGAUCGGCUGGACGAUUUUGCCGUCGAUUGUGCUGGUCUUCGUGGCGGUGCCGACGGUAAUCACGAUAUUCGACAAUGCCAAUUCUCCCGAUCCGGAAGGCGCGCUGCAGGUUGACGUCGUCGGCGAGCAAUGGUGGUGGGAAUUCAACUAUCCCGACCCGACGGACCCGGACAAUACUCUCGUCACGGCCAACGAACUGCACAUCCCGGUGGAUGAGGUGGUCAACCUUACUCUGGACUCCAAUGACGUGCUCCACAGCUUCUGGAUCCCGAAGAUCGCGGGCAAGGUCGACCUUGUACCAAAUAAUCUGAAUACGAUGUGGAUCAUGGGCGAGGAGGAGGGGACGUUCUUCGCGCAGUGCGCGGAGUUUUGCGGCGAGUCUCACGCUCUGAUGCGGUUCUGGGUGAUCGUGGAGACGCGCGAGGAAUUCGACGCUUGGCUGGCGUCCGAGCGGGCGGAUGCCAUCGAACCCACCGACCCGUUGGCGCAGCAGGGGAAGGCGAUCUUCGAGGGGCCACAGGCGCAGUGCUGGUCGUGCCAUACGAUCAAAGGCUCGGUGAGGGCUCAGGGAAAGAUCGGGCCAGACCUGACCCACGUGGGGCGUCGUACGCAUAUCGCGUCCGGAAUUCGAGAGAACACGCAGGAGAAAUUUGACGGAGUGGAUCUCUGA